AUGGCGAACUGGAAUCCCUUUGCUAAACGCGAAGAGUUCACCAAGAACAAUCUCAUCGCCUACAAGAUCCUCACCAUCAUUUCAUGGCUUCUUCUAGUCAUCUUCGGCGCCUACUACACCUUCUCCCGACCAGCCGAUUGCAGACACAAGCAUCUUUGCCAUACCAUAUGGGGACAAAACAGCCAUAGGGCCACACCCUUCAGCUUGAACUCGGUCAUUACCAGCAUCUACUGGGUUGUCGUGUUGAUCCUGCAGGCACAUUAUGUUCGAUACCUCUGGAGCGCAGACAAGGCUUUCGUGACCAGCGCUGCCAAUGUUGGCAGCCAUUUCAUCUUUCACAAUCUUCUCACAUUCGGCUUCAUCAUGCUGUGGGUUCGGGGUCAUUUUUGGAUAGGAGAGCUCCUCCUGAUUAUCAACCUCUUCAACCUCACUCUGCUGUAUUUCGGUCACUCCACAACCCCCCUCUUUAUCCACCUCCCAGUCGUCUCGGCACCGCUGGCUUGGAACUACGUUGCAAUCCUCUGGGACGGUGCGGCAAUGGUCAAUGCACAUUCUCUACCUGCCCGGAUCGUAGCCAACAUCUUUAUCUGGGGUAUUCUUGUGUUAGGGGUUUUCUUCCUGCUUACUUUCAAGGACUACACCAUGGGCCUCGAGUUAGCAGUGCUCUCACUAGCUCUCGGCGUUGGUCAACUCGGAACUCAUGUUAUUGCGCUGCAAUGGAUCUUCGCAUUCGUGAUUGCGGGAUUCUUGACUGGCAUGUCAUUGCUCAUUGGUGCGCCAAAGAUAUUUGGUCAGGACAGGAGUAUCCGUCAAGAAGGGGCCAUUGUCAGUGAGGAUAGAGAAAGGGCACCACUUCUGGACGAACAGUAA